ACCAGCGCCACCGCCAGCCUGCGCGAGCUGGCGACUGGCAGGAGCGCGCCCCUGGCGAAGAGCCUUCCCCAGCCGCCCUCCAGCAAAGUCCCGCACAGUCACGAGGGGAAGGAGCCCGGGGACCUCAGGUUCAGCAAGGGGGACGUCAUUGUCCUGCGGCACCGGGUGGAUGAGCACUGGUACCAUGGCUUCCUGCCCACCAGCUACGUCCCAGGCCUGCGGCCCCUGCCCCAGGCCCCACCCCAGGGCAAAGCGCUCUAUGAUUUCGAGAUGAAAGACAGAGACCAGGACAAGGACUGUCUGACCUUCAGCAAGGAUGAAGUCCUGACUGUGAUCAGAAGAGUGGAUGACAACUGGGCGGAGGGGAUGCUGGGGGACAAGAUUGGGAUCUUCCCCCUGCUGUACGUGGAGCUCAAUGAUGCUGCCAAGCAGCUGAUGGAGAUGGACAAGCCGGGCCUGGCCGUGGCGUCCGGCUGCCUCACCUCCUUGCCCUCUGACCCCAGCACAGCCAUCAGAGCCACCCCGGGUCCCACUUCAGGCAGCACAGGGGCGGUGAGCGCCUUCCAGAGGCGUGUGGACAGCAAGAAGAAUGCCAAGAAGCGGCACUCCUUCACGGCACUGAGCAUGACGCACAAGUCUGCGCAGGCUGCCAGCCACAGGCGCUCCAUGGAGAUCAGUGCGCCUGUGUUGAUCAGCUCCAGUGACCCCCGGGCCGCGGCCAGGAUCGGAGACCUGUCGCACCUGUCCUGCAGUGCUCCUGCCCAGGACUCCUCCUCGGCCGGACCUGCCCCAGCAGCUGAACAGCAGGGCAUGGCUCCCAAAGUCCAGCUGCCCCUCAAUGUGACUGCUGACGGGCAGCCUGAGAGCAAGUCCAGCAGGUCCUUUACCAUCACUGUUCCUCGGACAUUCAGUACAAGCAGGAGGGCGGUCUGGACAUUUGAUGGCACUUUGGCCGCUCAGGAAAGGGCUCCAGAGGCCCCUGAGAAGGUACCUGGCGCUCUACGCCUACAUUCUCUUUGUUUCCUCAGGGUUCCCGUAGGAGGGGCUGGGCUACCCCGGAAUAAUGUGGUCGGAGGGUCUCCACUGGCCAAAGGGAUGGCAACAACCCUCCACCCAUGCGGUGGGGGUCUGAGCAGCCCGGCCACAGUCCAACACCAGGUCCAGCACCAAGAAGCCUCUCCCCCGAUGGGCAGUUGUCUGCGGCACUCAGCCCAGCCGGCGGCCAGCCAAGCCCGGAGCGCCGCCCCCACCGCUGCCCACCCAGCCCAGACUCAGGACCGGCCGACCGCCACCGUGUCACCCUUGCGUACCCAGAGCUCCCCAUCCCGCCUGCCCACCACCGGCCUCAGGCCCCCUUCCAUGGGAUCCCCGCAGCACAGCCACCAGCCCGUGAUGCAGAUGGCCAUCGGGGCCCCGGGCCCCCGGACUGCCGUCCAGCUCACGUCAGCAGCCUCGGCCAUCACUCCCCCCAACAUCAGCGCCGCCAACCUCAGCGGGGAGGUUGGAGGGGGCCCCAUCAGUGGCCCGUCCACACCCAGCCCCACCAACACGGGAGGCAGACCAGACGAGAGGAGGAACGAGAAGAAGGACAAGAAGAGCGGGCUGCGGAAGCUGCUGGCGGGGGCGUCCACCAGGAGGAAGUCCCGCUCCCCGCCGUCCACCUCCCCGACCCACGACCCCCAGCUGCCAGUGGACGCCGCGCUCCAGGGCGCAGUGGGACCCGACGUGUGCUCACGGUCUCUCCAUGGCCGAGCAGGCUCCUGCCCUGUAGAGGCCGAGAUGCAGGGGGCCCUGGGGGCGGAGCCGCUGCACAGAAAGGCGGGCUCCUUGGAUCUGAGCUUCACGUCCCCCUCCCGGCAGGUGCCCCUCUCCAUGGCCGUCCGCCCCGAGCCCAGGCCGCUGCCCAGAGAGAGGUACCGCGUGGUGGUCUCGUACCCGCCCCAGAGCGAGGCGGAGAUCGAACUGAAAGAAGGGGACGUGGUUUUCGUGCACAAGAAGCGAGAGGACGGCUGGUACAAGGGGACCCUGCAGAGGAACGGCCGCACCGGCCUCUUCCCCGGCAGCUUCGUGGAGAGCUUCUGAGCUCACGCCUGGCGGGGACCCUGCCUCUGCGUCACUUUAGGGUGGUCUUGAGGGAGCAGAUGCCAGGGCUCGUUUGGUCUACAAGGCGGGGCUGGGCGGGGCACUGGGGCCCAGCGAGCCCUGGGUGUCACCUGGGUCCCGUUGCUGCUCGCCCCGUCUAUACCUCAGUCACCUGCCACCCAAGGUCUUCACCGGCCGGUCCCGCGGGGCCAGGUGUGAGCAGUGCUUCCUGCCUUGCCACCACUGUCCCCUCUUUCUUGUGCUUCUUUUACGUCUUUUUACUGCAAAACUGUUAGACUUCACAAAUUUCUAACAGGACGUACACUGCCUAUUUUUCUUACAUCUGGUGCUGCCUUUUUGUAAAACCGGUGAGGUCUUGGUUGAACUUGAAAGAAAAAAUGUCUGGGGAGACAUCAAAUGGGCAGGAUCUUACAGGCACCACGGGAACCAGGAGGGCUAGGUCCUCAUGGCCACGGUGCCCUGUGGGGCAGAGGGGCACUGGGUGUGGAGGGAGUUUGGGAAAGCCGGUCUCUGGAAAGCUCCGCCAGAGCACCUGCCCUGUCUGGACAGGGACGGUCAGUGCUGAAGAACUGGACGUUCUGAUGAGCGCUCACCGUGAGUGCCUGUGGGGGGUGGGGGGGGCAGUGAAAAGAACAGGAGGUCGACCCCAGGCCCAGAGGCGGAGCUCCUCGUGGAGUGACCACGUACUGCCUCCUCGACUCAGGACUUCUCACUAUCGAAAUGCACGGGUUUUACCACAGUUCAGAGUUACCACCUUGUGAAGGUUUUGCCAUUUUUCCUUAAAAUAAAUAACUGCUCUGCCAUCAGGCAGUGCAGACCUCGGUCUAGAGACCCGGGGAUAACCAGGGCUUUGAGGGGUUGUGCAGACCUGCAGGUCCGGGGAGCAAGGAGAGGAGGGGGCGGCUCUGAUCCUGGGACCUUCCCCAUCCGGGGUCCCCCUUGGGAACACUUUCUUAUCAGCCCGGAGUCACAGCUCCUAAACUCUCUCUUUACGAAGCCACUCAGGUGUAAAUCAGGCUGAAAACAGUAGCUUUUGGUGGGAUCACUGCGGCGACAGCUGGACUCCCACUCCGUGGCUUGCAUGCUGCAUCACAGGAAGGUCUGUCUUCCAAAUUCCCGCGUUCGGAUGUGGCAGCCAGGUGGCCUCCAUGCUGGCGGGUCACCCCUUGGGAAAGCCUCUCUUCCUCUCUCCAGAGGAUAAGAGACUUAAUAGAGUUGAGAAAUUUGUUCUGAAUCAAAGGGGGAAAACUCCAGUUUAUACAUGGAGCUGUGUGCCGAGUUUAUGAGAACCAGCCCAUUUGCACAAAAAUUGUGUGCAUGUCUAAAAUUACGUCAUCAAAAGUCGUUUGUGGAUUCACACUGCUGAGACACGUGUUCUCCAGUGAAACCAGGUCUGAGUCAGUCCCCAGAUAAUAGGAACGUCUUUUUUUUAAACGAAGGCAGUUACCAAGCAACAGAACAGACUGAUUGGGCCCUCAUCCUGAUGCUGAGAGGCCCGUGGAGGCGGCGCUCAGGGCCUAGCCCCCCCACCCCCGCAGGAGCACACGGGGUCCGGGACCAGCACCAGGGCCGCCUAAGGAAGGAAAGUGACUCCAGGGCCGAGGCCCCCUCGCAGGCCGGGCUCCGGGGAACAGGCCACGCACGACCAGCCCCCCUGCUCUGGGCUGUUUUCAGACCCUCGGUGGUCCCAUCAGGCCCCCACAACCACGUAACCACAGACAGCAGGAGCAGAAUAACCUUCCAUCAGGCCAUCUUGCCUGGAAGGACACUCUUGUUCUGGCUGCUGAAGUGAACCAACCCUUUGCCCGGUUCCUCAUGCACCUUGGUCCUUACAUGGCAUUUGGGGCCAAGGCGACAUGCUUUGAGGAGCAGGGUAGAGUCCACAAACCAUGCAGUGAUGUCAGAGGACACCAGGCCACAACAGGGUCGCGGGCUCGGAGUGGGGUGGGAGCAGGCAAGCGCUUCCCCGCAGCCUCGCGGGUCAAGUCGGGCUCUGGCUGGGAAGUUCUUUGUACUUUGUGCAGUCCACACACGCACCCUUGCUUCUGUUAUGCACAAAUGUCAGUGUGUGAUUUUGAGGAAUGGACAGUGAUGACAAACCAUGAUGCCUGUGUUUCCGAGUCUUUAAAUAAAGCUGAACAAGGA